AUGGACUCUAUCGUCUCACCAACUCUGUUCAAGAUCGUAAGCGUCGGCUACACUAUCAUGAACAAGGCCAAUUCCGCUCUCGAAUAUCGCGCCCUCAGAUAUGCGUUGUACUCCUACAUGACCCUUCGGGGCACUAUUACGCUUAAGACUAAUGCUGGUCUACGGAAAGAGCUGGAAGUUGCGAAGAAGCAACAGAAGGAGUACGAGAUGAAGGAGAAGGCGAGAUCUGAUCGAGCGCGUCGGACUACAGAAGCCGACGAGAUUCCAGACUUUGCGACACCUGUACGCGAAGAGCCUACACAAACAUCAGAAGUGGUCCGCAAAUUGCAGGAGGCACUCAAGGACACGACUGAGCGCUUGAAACGCAGCAAUGCGCAGGUCAAAGCGCUUCAGCAGUCUACGAGCAAGCCUGCGCACCCGAGUAGAAUGUCCACCUCGUCUCACAACUCAUCAACUCCAAAGCGAGAUGCACUGGAGGAUAUGGGGCAUCAACUUCGGGCGGCGCGGCAAGAGGCUGUAGACGCCAAGAUGGAAGCUGCUUCCAAGGAUGAGCAGCUACGGCUGGUGCGGGAAGAGGCCGAUGGGGCUAAAGCUAAAGUCGCUUCGCUACUAGCUUCUCAUGGUCAAGAGCCUCAGGCAGUACCGCAAGAGAUUGAGGCGGUUGAAGCGAAAGUGGCUUCUCUGGAGGCCGAGCUGGAAGCUGCACGACAAGAAACGCAGAAGGUUAACGUGGAACUCCUCUCAGUCAAGGAGCAAUUGGGUUGCGCGAACAACGCUAUCAAAGUCGCUGGAUCUGGCUUGGCUCAGGUGAAAGAACUCGUGGGAAAAGUCCAAGAAGAGAAGGAAGAGGCAGAGGCCAACGCAGCUUCUCUGACCAUGCAGUUGAAAGCAUCCCGAGAAGAAGAAGAGAAGGGCAGAACCGAUGCAGCUUCGAUGGAGAGAGACUUCCACGAGGUGCGACUACGACAUAGCAAAGAAGUCACCGCGCUCAAAGAGCAGGUCAAGGAGUGGGAAGGCAUCGCUGCGGAGGCGAAGGAGGUCAAUGACAAUGUGCAGACCGCUCUCAAUGACGAGAAUGAGGAGCUCAAAGACCAGCUUAAGAAGGAAGCUGCUCGUCGCGAGGCUCUGGAGAUGGAAGUGAAGAAGCUGAAGUCGGAGACUCACGGCGCGAAAGCUACAGAGAUGGCUGUCACCACGGCGAAGUCGUUCACUCCAUCUGAGACGCAGAAGCUACCGAGCGCGAUCUCUUCCAACCAUCUUCUCGAGAACCAGCCACGUCUCGUCUCCGUCGCCGGAGUUACAAGCCCAUCUACACCCACCCCCACUACAUCCGCCCCUCCAGCCACUCCCGAUACAACCUCGACGCCAAAGGACCACAAGAAACUCACCGCAGACUGGAAUGCUAGGACGAUCACACUCCCAGCAUACAUCGACGGCUUAAAUGAGUUGAAGCGAAAGUCUGAUGAUGAGAGCGAGACACCCAGACCGAUUAAACAGCUUCGGCUUAGCGGCGAGAACACCGAGCUUCCGAUCGGAAAUAUACUGACGCCUGGCGGUGGACCGGCUAUCAAGUUCGCCGUACAAGAACAGGUCCAAGUCCAAGAAGAACAGACAGAAGACGAUGGCGACGCAUCUAUCGACCUAUUCUGGGAUUCCUUCGAAGGUGACGCAGACAACUCAGGCACUUUCACAUACGGCUUGGGCGACGAAGUUGGCGCGGAGGCAGCAGCUCUUCCCGAGCAAGACGCACCCAAGGGCGAGACCAACACUCAUGGCGAUACUCUCGUCAUUGACGGCGAUACCAUCAUCGAUGAAAGCGAUCACAGCAACGACGAUCUCUACGCCAUGCCUUCGCCGAGUCCGAAUGAGCAGCCGCCGAAGGUCAUCAGCGAUAUCCCCGGCAUCGAAACCCCCGAUAUCGAUAUCCCUGACAUCGAGCUGACUCCAGCUACGAAGCGGAAGAUUGGCACCGAGGGCGAUGAGGAAGCGUCGCCAAAGCUAUCUCAGAUUCCAAGGACUAAGGAAGACCUUGGCGGUGAGCAGACUUUGGCUUUGGAGAACAUGACUCCAAUUGCUGUUUCUCGCAAGCCUGCGAUCGUUUUAACCCCGGCUACGAAGCGGAUGUUCACCGAUGACGACGGUGAAGAGCCGCCUCCUUCAUCUCAGAUGCCACGUAGAUCGUUUGCGCCUAGGUCAUCAAAGGCGCCGAGGACGACGGUUGACCUUGGUGACGAACAGACUCCGACUCUGGACGAAAUGACCACAGGGAACAAUGUCGAUGCGCCUAGUGAAGGAAACGAGGCGGCUGAAGUCCGCGCCACAGCUCCAUCUCUCGCUGAGAACGCAGGCGCUCCGUCAGAGGCUCCUUCUACAUCGGCCGAGUCAGCGGAUCCAACCAACAACCCUACCAUGGGCAACACCGACACCACAAACGUAUCCAGCACCGCUCGUCUUGCGCCACCAGCUCCAUCCCAGGCACCCAACAACAGGAAUCUUCUCCCCGAACCCGUCGCAAGUCCCGGUAGGAGAACGCGCAAUGCCGGGAAGCCCAUAGGAUCUCUCAACGAGAAUGUGUUGAGUAAGAUGGCGGCGUCGCCGAUGAAGGGUGAGAAAGAGACAGUUGAAGAAGGUGCGAAAGGACGUGGCAAGUCACCGGCGAAGACCAGGGCAAAGUCGCCAGCGAAGACAGCAGUGAAAGCACCGGCUAAGGCACCGGAGAGAUCGCGAGUGAGUAGGAGCCCGUCUAAGGGAAAGGGGGAUAGGCGAUAG